AUGAAAGCGUUCGUGUUCUGGAGAGUUCGCGUUCUGGAGAGUUCGCGUUCUGGAGAGUCCGAGUUCAGCCCUGGAAGACUCGACCAGGCCGACAUGUUGGCACCACAGGCAGAAGUAUUCACGCUAGCGCGGGUUCGCAUCGGGAAGCUGCUCGGGGAUCGAGUCUGCGGACGUUGGUAG